GUAACAGGUUGCGGUGGGGCGCGGAGGUGAGGAGCGCUCGCGGCGGGGAGCGGCCUGGGCACGGAGGCUGGAGUGCUUUUAACCCCCGGGGAUGGAGCAGCAUGUGAAUGGAGCUAUGGCCGAGAAGCCAAACCCCAUGGACUACGGAGUUCAGAUCCGAUUCAUAGAUGACCUGAAGGAAAUGAAGAAGCCCCAAAACAUCAGGCCUAAGCAUUCCAAGCCAGGCUCCUACGGGGUUGCGGUGAGGGUCCAGGGCAUUGAUGGGCAGCCCUUUGUGGUCCUGAACAGUGGGGCGAAAGGAGAGGACUCCUUCGGGGUGCAGAUCAAAAGCGAGAGUAAAUACGGGAACCCCUCUCACAGCCAGUGGCCUGAGCAGCUGCCCCCUAACUCUCUCAGGGAAGGCCCGGGCUCCAUCAGUUCUGAUUCUGAUUUGCCGGAAAGCCAGUACGUGGCCAGACAUUCCCAGUACAGCUCCUCUGAUGAGGAGCUGAGCUCCCAGCGCUACCCGAGGGAGACGAGGCCUGUCAGCGCUGAGGCAGCUCAUUCCUACCGCCAGGAUGGCUCCUUGUCCCCUCAGGGCGGCUCCAAACAACUGCCACCCCAGAGGCCUUUUGGGGAGGAGCUGAGGAGGACUCAAUCUCACAGCUCUCUCUUAAGCCCCAGUUCAGAGGAGGCCUAUGGCCCAAGCCCCCUCAGCAUGCAGACCAGGGGCACCUACCGAUCCCAGUCUCCAGCCAGUACCAAGAGCAGCAGCAUGCUGGACAUUGCAGGCAGGAAAAGGACUGGCCCCAGCCGGGAAUCCCAUCCAGCUUCUGGACGAAGGUUUGUAGGCAAGCAGCGAUCACCAGACCCAGAGUCCUCCGGUCCUCGGCAGCCAGCUGACCAAAGUGACAUUGACACGAAGCCCCUGUCCUCAGUGGAUUCCCUGAUCACGAAGUUCGACGGGAAGGUUCAGCAGAGGGGCCGAGCUGCCAGGAGAAGCCGGAUCUCCCUGGAGGAGAGGAAGCGGUCACUGACUCUUGAAGGCAGGGUGUCCUACUACGACACGGACGAUUCCAGAGAGCUGAGCUCCGCCCAGCUCCAGGAUCGCCUCACGGAAGGGCCGAAGGGCCUGGCUGCCAAACCGGCUGGUGCGGCCAAUGCCUCUCGCACCGGCAGCCUGAACCGAGCGCUCCCGGAAGAUCUGAAGGAAAACUCAGUCAAGGUCCAGCUGAUGCGAGACUGGACCCAUAAAAGCUUGGAGGAGCCUGUGGUUGAGCAGCAGCAAAGUCAAGUGCAAUCCAAAGUGCAGCAGCUUAAGUCCACUCCAGACCUUCUGAAAGACCAGCAGGAAGUCUCUCCGCCUGGGAGCAGCGAGUACACCAAGGAACUGAUUUACAGUAUUCUGAAGGAUGGGAGCAAAGAAAGUGAAAGCUCACUGAAGAGAAAAACCAACCUGAUGUUUGAGAAGAUCCAAGCGCUCACUGUGGCGCCUCCUGAGGACGCGAGAGCAUCCAUUUCCCAGAACAGUGAGCUGAAGAGGAAGGUGGAGGAGCUGCAGGAGAAACUAGAUGAAGAGACAAAGCUCCGCCAGAAAGCGGAGCAGGCCAGGGAGCAUGCCAGGAGCAGUGCUGCUCGGAACCUGGAGAGCCGGCUGGCGGAGGCGCAGGACAAGGGCAGGCUCCUCAAGGAAGACUUGGAGAAGACGAUGCAGGAGCUGAAAAGCCGCUUGCAAGAGCUGACGGAAGUGAAAGCUGCCAGAGAGCAGGCAGAGGACAAACUGGGAGACGCAGAAGAGCAGCUAAUGGGGAUGCACGAGGAGCUGGACAGGCUGCGGAAAACCUCGGUGGACUCUGCAGACCGAGACGAGCUCAUGAAGGAGCUUCUGGAAACCAGAGAGGAGUUGGAGGAGGUCCUCAAUGCCAAACAGAAGCAAGAAGAACAUCUGCGCCUGCGGGAGCGGGAGCUGACUGCGCUGAAAGGAGCCCUGAAGGAGGAGGUGGCGAAUCACGACAAGGAGCUGGACCGGGUGACACAGCAGUACCAGCACGACAUGGACCAGCUGAGGCGAAACAUGGAGGACGUGUCUCAGGACCAAGCCAGUCUAGAGAUCGAGAGGCAGAAAAUCAACUCGAUAGUGAGGAAACUCCAGAAGGAGCUGGAGGAGAGCAACGAGGAGACCGGCCACUGGAGGGAGAUGUUCCAGAAGAACAAGGAGGAGCUGCGCAGCACCAAGCAGGAGCUCAUGCAGGUGAAACAGGAGCGGGAGGAGUUCGAGGAGGAGCUGCGGGAGCUGCGGGAGCGGUUCUCGGCCAUGCGGGUGGAGGUGGACCAGGUCAGGAACAGCACCGUGGAUGCUGGCCAAGUAGAAGCCCUGAAGAAGAAGCUGCGUCAAGCCCAAGAGGAGCUGAGGGAGCUGGCUUCAGAGAAGCAGGCCCAGGACGAGCUGGUCCACCAGAGGGAGCGGGAGCUGGCCGCCCUGAAGGGGGCACUCCAGGAAGAGGUGGCCAGCCGUGACAUGGAGGUAGAACAGCUAAAGCAGCAGUUCCAGAAGAACUUGCAGCAGCUCAGGAAGGACUACGACGAAGCUGCCAAGGUGAAGGUGGCCGUGGAGAGCGAGAAGGAGGCCACGGAGCAGAUGAGGAAGGCCAUGGAGUCCGCUCUGCGGGAGACGCAGGAGGAGAAUGACGACUUGAGGAGGAAGAUCCUGGGCCUGGAGAUGCAGGUCAAGGAGUACAGGCACUUCUCCGAGAACUGGGAGGGCUCGGAGGCCAGGCUCAGGGAGAAGAUCACCAAGCUGGAGGCUGAUCGCAGACAGAUGGAGGUAUCCUUGGAGGAGGCUGCGGAGCAGGAGCAGGAGCUGCUGAUGGCCAAGAGGUCUCUGGAGAGCCGCCUGGAAGAGGCCCAGAGGAGUCUCAGCCGGCUAUCUCAGGAGCACCAAGCGCUGAACGCCUCGCACCAGGAGGAGAUGAAGCAGAAGGAACAGCUGAGGAGGACCAAGAAUGAGCUGGAGGAGCAGAAGAGGCUGCUGGAUAAGACCACAGAGAAGCUGACCAGAGAGCUGGACCAGAUGGCUCAGGAGUCCCACAGCUCACUGGCCAUGCUGCAGUCGCAGCUGGAGGAGUACAAGGAGAAGUCACGGAAGGAGGUUGCAGAUUCCCAGAAGCAGGCCAAGGACCGCGGUGCGGAGGUGGAGAAGAUGCAGUUCACCAUGGGCCGGCUGCAGGACGAGAUCACGCGGCUGAAGCAAGCACUUCAGGACAGCCAGGCUGAGCGGGAAAGCGCCGUGCUGGAUAAGGAUGUGCUGGCCCAGCGCCUGCAGAACCUGGAGCAGGAGGUGGAGUCCAAGAAACGCUCCCAGGGCGAUCGCUCUCGACAGGUCAAAGCGCUGGAGGAGAAAUCCAAGCACCUCGAGGUGGAACUGGACGAGGAGAGGAACACGGUGGAGCUGUUGACUGACCGGAUUAACCGCAGCAGAGACCAGAUUGACCAGCUGCGUGCAGAGCUGCUGCAGGAGCGCUCCAGCCGGCAGGACCUGGAGUGCGACAAGAUCUCCCUGGAGAGGCAGAACAAAGACCUGAAAAGCCGACUGGCCAGCUUGGAAGGCUUGCAGAAACCGAGCGCCAGUUUGUCUCAGCUGGAGUCGCGGAUCCAGGAACUGCAGGAUAAGCUACAGGCAGAAGAGAGGGAAAAGAACGUCCUGGUGUCCUCAAACCGCAAACUGGAAAGGAAAGUGAAGGAGCUGACAAUCCAGAUCGACGACGAAAGGCAGCAUGUGAAUGACCAGAAGGACCAGCUAAGCCUACGCGUCAAGGCGCUCAAGCGCCAGAUGGACGAGGCCGAGGAGGAGAUCGAGCGCCUGGAAAGCGCCAGGAAGAAAGCGCAGCGGGAGCUGGAGGAGCAGCACGAACUCAACGAGCAGCUGCAGAAUCGCGUCAAAGCCCUGGAGAAGGAGGCCUGGCGCAAGGCCACCCGCUCGGCUGCAGAGGCCUCCCUGGACGACGACCGCCUGAGCUCGGACGAGGAGUUUGACAGCGCCUACGGCCCGUCCUCCAUCGCCUCGCUGCUGACGGAGGGGAACCUGCAGACCAGCUCGUGCUAGCAGCUAGCGCGGGUCGUUAACUGGCUCCUGGGGUGUGCCCUUUUCCCCACAGUCAGAACUACUUCGGGCUCCUUGAGAGGCAGGUGCAGGGCGUCAUUCCAUGGGGAAGCGUCCCCUAUCCACUGACGUUCCAGUCCCUUUAGGAGGAAAAACAACACCCUGGAGGCCAGCGAUCCUUGGAUUGGAGUUGGCUGACACAUGCGUCCUUUCCAAAAAGCAGCUAACUGGAGAGGAGCCAGGAGCAGAAGAACUGAGAACAAUGUGCAGGAAGGUUUUCUGCUUAAAUUGGGAGGGAGGGUGGGGCAGAAUUGGGUGUUAAGAUCCCCAGAAAAUUCUAUUUAAUCUGUUUUUCUCUGUGAUUCUCAGGGCACUGCUUAAAUUCCAGAUGUUUCGUAUCUUAACCAAAUGUUUGUCUGUAUACUGGGGGUGGGGGGUGGAAACAGAUGUGCAAUAAGGCAGGAUGAUAUUCUGUGGCUCAUAAACAAGAGGUGAACCUGUCUCUUCAGGCACCGUGGGAGUUCACUUUUCUCUGCCAGAAGGGGAAGCAUGGUAGGUUACCGUCAGUAACCAGAGUCUGAGGAGACGGUCCGGGUGUGUGGGAAAGCUGGGUUCUGCUCUGAGAGUGUCUUUAAUGUCUACAGACAACCUCAUGGAGUCCUGGGUCUAAAAUCCAGCGGCUGCUUUUUCCAGGACUUUUGCAGCUUUCAUUUCCUCACGCCCUGUUAAAGAGAAAUUCCUGGCCAGCCCAUCAAUCCGUGGGGCCUACGUGCUGCUCUUCCCUUCUCUUCAUUCUUUGUGAGCACGUGGCUGCGCUGAAGGAUGGCUCUGACUUCGUAAUGACUGAGGAUGGGGAGUGGGAGCCUCAGGCUUGCGAAACUCUAUGGGGCUAGUGUGCUUCACAAGGGACUCUGUUGGCACAUUUUUGGCCCUUUCUGUUGGCCCUGCUCUGGGGGAGGAGGCCAAGGAUGGGGAUGUAGGUCAGGAAAAGUUUGAGAUCGCCCAGGUUGACUGGGACCCCAAGGGUUCAUGGCCUGUGUGAGAGGAAGUGGUGGGUCUUGGUCCAGUCCCCAGCUGUCAGUGACAUUACACUAAUCCCGUCGCAACUGGCCCAUGGAGGAAGAAGUAAAACAGGUUUUGGAAUAGCUGAGAUUUUUAUCUGACAUGAUAGCACUUUGUUGUUGAAACUAAUGAGCAUGAGAGCUUGCCUCCACCUGUCUGAGCCGAGCGAUCAAUCACGAAAUGAGGCAUGACCCUGGGGGUCCAUCCAGGGCAGGGCUGCCUGGCCAUCCUGUCCACAUUCUGCUGUCCUGUAUAAAGGGACAUCCAGUCUCCAGGGCUGUCUCCAAUGCAGUUAAUAACAAACACCUGGGGUCUGCCUGCUGGGGGCCCCUCCUAUCUUGCACCUCUCCAGCAGUUUCUCGCGUCUGUUUUUUGGCAAUAAACCAGCCAGGGAAAGCAAACCCCUGCCUUUGGAA